AUGCAACUAUCCCUCUUCUUCGCUUUUCUGCCGCUGGUGUUGGCCUCCCCAAGCGCGACCGUCAAGGCCAAGCGUUCCUCGCCCGCCCCUCUCUUGGUGCCGCGAGGCGAGGUCGUCGCCCGAGACAGUUACAUUGUCAAGUUUAAUGAUGACGUCUCGUCGUCCGUCGUUGACGAGGCCGUGCGCCAGGUCCCCGGUGACGUGCAGCGCAUCUACGGCGACGUCUUCAAGGGUCUCGUCGGGACCUUGGACGAGAAGACGCUAAGCUCGCUUCGCAAUCGCCCUGAGGUUGAUUUUGUCGAAGUAAAUGGCAUUUUGUCUGAAACCCGAGUUGACACGCAGGCUGGGGCUGAUUGGGGCCUCGGCUCCACUUCCACCAGAGACGAUGUGUUUACUUUUGACAACAGCGGCGGCAAGGGAACUUGCGUCUAUAUCAUCGAUUCGGGCCUUAAGGACACUCUUGAGGAGUUUCAGGGCAACGCGGAGCAGGUCAAGUCCUUCGUACGAGGUCAGGAGACCGAUGUUACAGGUCACGGCACGGCCAUUGCGGGCGUCAUCGGCAGCAAGACCUACGGCGUAGCCAAGCAUGCCAAGCUUCUGGGCGUCAAGAUUGUGAAUGACACAGGCCAGGGACAAGAGGCGGAUCUGAUCAAGGCAUUCAACUUCGUGGCCAGUGAUGCCAAGAAGCGGAAGUGCCCAAAGGGUGUCAUCGUCAACGUGUCGUUAGCUUGCAACCACGCUGAGAAUGUGGAUCGGGCCGCCGCCUCCCUCACCAAUCUCGGGAUAUUCGUGGUAACCGGCGCGGGGAACGCCCACGCCGAUGCGUGCGAGCUGUCACCCGGAUCAGAGCCCAGUGUGUGCACGGUGGCAAGCACUAACCGCAAGAAACGCUUCGCCCCCUGGUCCAACUGGGGCAAGUGCGUCAACAUCCUCGCACCCGGAGAGGAAAUUAAGACCGUGGACCUAGACGGCGGCGAGCUGGUUGUGUCUGGGACUUCCCUUGCGGCGCCGCACGUUGCCGGCGUUGCAGCAUACCUGCAGGGGUUGCAGGACAAGGGCGCCAGGAUGAACGCCAGGGAACUCAUGGCGCACAUCUUGCAGCUCGCGACCAAGAAUGCCAUCGGCGGCGUGCCUUAUGGCACUCCCAACCUGCUGCUUUUCAACGGGGGCGGCGCCAAAGUCCAGCGACCAGAGUCACCAGACCGUCAGGGUUCUCGAUGGGCGCUAUUUCGUACUUCCAGAGCGCGGCAUGGGGUUGCAUAA